AGCGGCGUUGGCCUUUGCUUUUUCAAUAUCUGACUCUUUAUCCGCUUUAGACUCCUGUUUUCCUUCCUUCUUUCCUUUCCUAGACAUCAAAUAUGAAAACAAAAGUUAAAAAGAAGAUAAUGUUACUUGUACUGGAAAACCACUAUACGUAGGGGACGUUUGCCUCCAGUUUACCCACCGAAGAUGAAGAAGCAAAAGAAGAAAAAAAAACUGUUACCAGAUUAAGCUUCUUGAAAAAAAAAACCCUGCUGCUGGUAAACAGGUAUUUAGGAUCCAACUCUGUCAGAAGGGGGGGGACCCGUGAUGGAACUGAGAUGGAACGCUUUAGGAUUGGUCGAUGGCUUCAGCUGGUGUGGCCUCAUGCCAAGCCCUUAUGUGUUUAUAUACUGUAAACAGAGGAGCAGACUGUCCGAAGAGAGCAUCGCCAUCCACUCUGUCUGUCUCUGCCUCUUGCUGCCUCACAUCCCGUCACCUCAGCCGGCUCUCUGCUGUCUCUCUCUGCUCACUCUGCUAUCGCUCUCCUCAAGAAGCUUCUGAAAGUGCACCGUUUUCCACCAAGACAUCUGUAAAAACGUUUUGUUUUUGUUUUUUAAAAAGGGGCACUAGUCUCACCAACCUCUCCUCCGGGUGUCGAAACGAUGGCUCUGCACAUGCUGCUCCUGACCGUGAUGUCCCUGUGGCUUCUGGCCGGAGACUUCCAAGCCGAGGCGACCUACUACCGUCACCACCGCGUCCACCACCGCGAACACUCAGCCAACACGGAAAACCUCCUGCCCGAAGUCGCCCACUCAGACCCCGGCGUCUCUCAUCCUGUUCCUGAAGUCAUCUACCCGUAUCCUGAAAUCACCCACUCUGCUCCAGAGAUCACCUACCCUGUACCUGAGAUCUUCUACCCGGCUCCAGAGAUCCCCCAGCCGGCCCCAGCAAACCCCCCCCAGGCCUCCCCGGAGGGGUUCUCCCCAGAGCUGUUCCGGCCUGUCAACAUGAGCCGGGUCUUCUAUGGGAUCAUGUUUGAUGCCGGUAGCACCGGCACCAGGAUACACAUCUACAAGUUUAUCCAGAAGGAUCCAGUUGAGUUGCCUGUUCUUGACAGUGAAAUGUAUCAUGCAGUGAAGCCAGGUCUGUCUGCUUACAAAGACAAGCCCGAGGAGGGUGGCGACACCAUCAGACAGCUGCUGAAGAUCGCCAAGAAGACAGUGCCAGAGGAGGAGUGGAAACAGACUCCUGUGGUUCUGAAGGCCACGGCCGGGCUCCGCCUCCUGCCCGUGGAGAAGGCCAACGCGCUGCUGGAUGAGGUUCGAGAUGUCUUUGACUCUUCUCCAUUCUUCGUACCAAACAACAGCGUGUCCAUAAUGAAUGGAGCCAAUGAAGGAGUGCUGGCCUGGGUGACUGUUAACUUCCUGACAGGACACCUGUAUGCCAAGAGCAGGAAAACUGUGGGCAUCCUGGACCUGGGAGGGGGGUCCACGCAGAUCACAUUCCUCCCCAAAUCCAAGAAAACAGUAGUCUCUGCUCCAUCCAGUUACAUUGCCAACAUUAACAUGUUCAACAGCACCUACCAGCUCUACACCCACAGUUACCUUGGAAACGGACUCUAUGCCGCUAGACUAUCAACUCUUGGUGCUCUGGGAUCAGAUGGUCUAGACUGGAAGAUUUUCACAAGUUCCUGCCUUCCCAAAAAGUUCAGAGAGGACGUGACUUUCGGUGGCACCACGUACCAUGUCAGUGGGAUCCCAGACGGCUACGCUGGUUACAAGCUGUGCUACUAUGAAGUGAUGAGGGUGAUCAAAGGCAACUUCCACCAGCCCUUAGAGGUGAAGGGCAGCAGUAUCUUCUACGCAUUCUCCUACUACUACGACAGGGCUGUGGAGUCUGGCCUUAUCGACGGCAAUCGAGGGGGUGUGGUCGAGGUCAGGGACUUCAAGAAGAGAGCCAAGGAAGUGUGCAACAAGAUGACCAAGUACCGGCCCAUCAGCCCUUUCCUCUGCAUGGACAUGACAUAUAUCACCUGCCUGUUGAAGGAGGGCUUUGGCUUCAAGGACAACACUGUGCUGCAGCUCACCAAGAAGGUGAAUAACGUGGAGACCAGCUGGGCUCUGGGGGCCACGUUCGACCACUUCCACAACCUCAACAUCCACUAAGACCAGCCACACACCUGCUCCUGCAGGCACCCAGACGACAGCCUGUCACUGUGGGGGGCGGGCUCUCUCCCCUCCUCUCGCCCUCCUCUCGCCCUCCUCUCGCCCUCCUCUCGCCCUCCUCUCGCCCUCCUCUCGCCCUCCUCUCGCCCUCCUCUCGCCCUCCUCUCGCCCUCCUCUCGCCCUCCUCUCGCCCUCCUCUCCCCCUCCUCUCGCCCUCCUCUCGCCCUCCUCUCGCCCUCCUCUCCCCCUCCUCUCGCCCUCCUCUCGCCCUCCUCUCGCCCUCCUCUCGCCCUCCUCUCGCCCUCCUCUCGUCCUCCUCUCGCCCUCCUCUCGCCCUCCUCUCGCCCUCCUCUCGCCCUCCUCUCGCCCUCCUCUCGCCCUCCUCUCGCCCUCCUCUCCCCCCUAACUAGCCCCUCCCUCUGAGCCCCUUCCUGUCCUGCCUCCACCUUCCUGCUCCUCUCCUCAGCCCCUUGCGAAGACUCCAACACUUGUUGACAGAGAAAUCACUAUAUUUUUAUAAGGAAGGUCAGCUUAUUCUACUGUAUGUUUAACCCAUAAUUAGUGAGUUGACUUUAUUUUUGUAAAGCAAAGUGUUUACAUUUUGGCUCCCUCGGAGGUGACUGAAGUGCUGUCUUGUUCGGCUGCUUUACAGCAGUUAGAUGCAACGCAACUUGUAGAGGUGCUUACUGUGGUCCUGGUGUGCACUGUGCGGUACAGUGAAAUAUUCAACAAGAGGGGUUGCAGGAACGCAGCAUUCAGUUUGAGUGAACUGGAAAUAUUAUUCAUUCAUUAUUCGCUGUUUAUUUAAACACCCCAUCAUACUGUACAGCAGGCGAGAAGACUCGCAGUCCACAGAACAGAUUCAAUGAACGAGAAAGUACGAAAUUUUCCAAUUUCAAAAUACUUUCCCCUCAUACUUUGCACAUAACACUUUAAUUGCAGAUACUGUAGCAAUGAGUUUGUUUGUUGCUUUGAUGUGGUCUACCAGGUUGUACAUAUUCAAUGUCCUAAAGGAUGAGUUUAUUUACCGAGGGGAAAGCACAGAGAAGACCAUCUCUCCCGUUUUCUCCCAGUUCAUUUAGCAUUUGAUAUGUGGAAACUGUUGUAUGAAUGUGAGGUUCUGCCUGUGUUUAAGAGCCCAGGCUUAGCAGGAAUGUGGCUUUGAGUAGUGUAGUUCGGCCUCUUGAAGAUAAGGCGUGACUGGGGUUUCCGUGGGGAAACUCUUGUAUUGUCGGUGGAGCAGAAAACGUUAAGAUUGUUUCAAGCAACAUUGUCCCUAUUCUAAGACUCAAUGUCAAGAUGAUAACCUAGCCUGUAACAGGGCAGUUUUCACUGUUUGUCAAAGAAGACAGCCAAAGGAUUCCACAACGACAGAUAAUAAACAGUUCGGAGCAGAUUCAGACGCAUUUCAGUUAACAUACUUUUUUUGUGGGAUAUGGCUCUUGGUGCGAGACAGAAAAAUGCUCGAAACUGUCAAUUCAUUACUUUUUGUAAACUAUUUUUGUAUAAAUAUUUAAAUAUCUGAUGGUAUAUGAUGACUUGUACAUGUCAACUUUUACAUUAGCCGCUUUUACAAUACACCAUGUUUAAUACCUGCUGCUGUAUAUAACACAAUGUAAACUUGUAUUACUGAAGUACUUUCCAGGCAGUACAUGCUUUAACUGGCUGAUUAUAAUUGUAUGCUGCUGCGACACAUGCUAACAAAAAGCUUAUGAGGUAUUCUGGUUUAUGAAUGACAAAUGUAAAUGGAAGUAUGUUAUGAGAAUCUUGUGUAAGUGAAUUAAGUGCAUGUAUACAUUAUACAUGUUGGUUUGAAUAAAAGACUAAAA